CUUUUUCUUUUCUCAUUCCACUCUUCGUUUCAACGCGUUCUCAUCUAUUUGUACAUAGUCUUUAUUCGAUUACCCUCUAAUCAACCUUUUUAGAAUCCAUCUUAAGAAAACGCCUUUUUUUUUUAUCCGUUGAUUACACCUAUUUAUCAAGACAGAUAUACCUCUUUUAUUUUUUCUUGUUGUUGUUAAUCAUCAUCACUGACCUUUGUUUAAUUCAUUCUCUUCCUUAUUGAUGUCUUCAGCGCAGGCCAAUUGAGGACAAAAACAAAAACAACAACAAUAAGGAAAAAAGAAAAGCAAAGCAAAAGCACCACACUUUACAAUAUACCACAAAAGAGGAUAGCAGGAGUCCCCGCUUUCAUUUGUACAACCCACUCCCCCUUCCUUCACUCCUAUUCCUUCCUCUCUCAAAAGCUGUUACAAAAGCAUCAAGAUAUUAAACCAUGUUGUCCAAUGCAAGACCCAUGUCGGCACUGAUCUCAGUCUCGUCAUUAGGCGACCUGACCAUGAAUGGAGAUACCGAAGAUGUCACAGGCAUGAGAGGUCGUAUUCGACUGACACGCGAAGACGGGGCAAGAGGAGGCCGCUGGAUGGAUCAGUCUCGCAAGCAAGUGCAAGCAUACGACUACCUGUGCCAUAUUGGAGAAGCCAAAGAGUGGAUUGAGGCCUGUAUUAAUGAAGAGAUCGACCCAAUUAUCACAUUGGAAGAGGGUCUUCGGAAUGGCGUUGCAUUAGCAAAGCUGGCACGGUUCUUUGAUCCAUCUUCAGUAAAAAAAAUCUUUGAGCAUCCAGUUCUUCAGUAUAAGCAUUCCGAUAAUAUCAACUGUCUCUUUAAGGCUAUGCGCAACAUCAAACUACCAGAGAUUUUUAUUUUUGAGUUGACAGAUCUAUACGACAAGAAAAACAUCCCCAAGGUCAUCUACUGCAUCCAUGCACUCUCACACAUGCUUGCUCAAAAGGGAAUGGCUCCCAACAUUAAGAAUCUUGUAGGAGAACUUCAAUUCACAGACGCAGAAAUUCAUGCAACCCGUCAGGGUUUAGAUGCAGCAGGCGUAUCUCUUCCUAGUUUCGGUAAUGUUGGAUCAGCACUAGCGAGGGAAUUAAAAGGACCCGAGUUUGCAAUUGCAGAAGCAAUCCCUGAAGAAAUAGAAGAAGAAGAACCAGAACCGGAGACUUUACUAUCAAAUCAGGAACUACGGGAUCUUUUCUGGGCCAACAAUACAGAUUCAAUUGUAAGGUGUCAAGCCAUAUGGAGGGGUGCUUUAGAGAGGAAACGAUUCUUGGCACGGAGAAAUAUGCUUAUGGAGGCCGAAGAGUUCUUUAUUAAGCUUCAGGCCCAGACACGUGGUUUGCUUGUGAGGCGGAAAUUCCAUAACCGACUACAAGAGCUACAUACGUUUGAGCCGCAAGCGAUAACAAUCCAAAAACAUGUUCGUGGCUAUCUACAACGCAAAAAAUACCAGGGCCGUCAACAACAUUUUAAGAACCAUGUUGACAGCGUUAUUAAGAUGCAAAGUCUUUUCCGUGCCAAAGCUGCCAAAGACGCCUAUCGCAGUUUGACUUCGGGCAUCAACCCCCCUAUCUCGACGCUCAAGUCUUUCUUGCAUCUCUUGAAUGACAGCGAUUUUGAUUUCGAAGAAGAACUAGAACUUGAAAACUUACGUCAGCUGGUGGUUCGCCGUAUUCGCGAGAACACUCAGUCAGAUGCUCAAUUAAACGAGUUGGAUAUUAAGAUUGCAUUGCUGGUUCAGAACCACAUUACACUGGAUGAAGUGAUCAAGACCACAACUUCGUUGACGAAAAAGAAACAACAGCGUCGCAUGUCAAUGCCAGUCUCCGCUACCAGCAACCCUUAUACGCUAAAGUCGUUGGACCGUGAGAGUCGUGACCGAUUAGUGUUGUAUCAGCAGCUCUUCUAUUUACUACAGACUCAGCCCACGUACUUUAGCAGGCUGUUCUUUAUGAUGUCUAAGACUGGAUUGUUCACAGACAGAAUCAAGAAGCAGAUUGAGAGCAUUGUCCUCACGCUUUUCGGAUAUGCACAAAACUCACGAGAGGAGUACUUGUUGCUCAAGUUGUUCAAGCAAUCUAUCUUUGAGGAAGUAGGAGAAAUUCUGAAUGUCAAUGACUUCAUGCGUGGCAACUUUAUGUUCGUGAAAAUGGUCAUGGUCUACGUCCGCGGAGCCAAAGAACGUCGUUACUUGCGUGAUCUUCUUGGCCCCCUGGUUCGCCAAGUCCUUGAAGAUGACUUUUUGGACCUCGAAAGUGAUCCACUCAUGAUCUACAAAGCCAGUAUCAACAAUGAAGAAUUGCGCACGGGUCGACCUUCAGAGCGUCCACUCCAUAUUGAUCACACCGAGGCAUUGGCUGACCCAGAGACCCGCACAACAUUCAUUCAUCAUUUGCAAGAAUUACGCCUGCGCACUGAGAUGUUUUUGAAUGCAAUUCUGGAAAGCUUACCAAGGAUGCCUUAUGGUAUCCGUUACAUUGCCAAGGAGGUUGGAAACGCUCUUCGCUUAAAAUUCCCUGAGGAACCUGAGGAAAACAUCAUGAAGGCUGUCGGCAAUUUGAUCUACUACCGAUACCUCAACCCUGCGAUUGUUGCGCCAGAAGGUUUUGAUGUCAUUGAGGGAGUUGUCAAUCCUAUGCAACGUAAGAAUUUGGCCGAAAUCUCCAAGAUGCUCAACCAGAUUUCAGUCGGAAAGUUAUUCUCGGACGACAAUGUGUACCUCAAGCCUCUAAACGAGUAUGUAGGCUAUGCAGGAGCACGUUUCGCCACAUACUUUAAGAAUGUUGUGGAAGUCGAGGAGCCUGAGAUGCAAUUCCAGAUUAACGAGUAUGUUGAUCAGGUGAACACAAUCCGUCCCACUGUCUAUAUCUCGCCCUAUGAAAUCUUCAACAUGCAUGCUAUGCUUAUCGAUAAGAUUGAUUUCCUUGCACCAGAGAUGGAGGACCCUCUUCGUGUCAUUCUUUCAGAGCUUGGUAAUCCUCCAGCUGGUUAUGAGGAACAUUCUCAGGGUCAUGGUGAAGUCUGUUUAACGUUGCAGAAUCGGUUUACAGCCAAUUUGGAUGACCCUGAUAUGGAUCUGAAACAUUUGUUUGUGGAGACCAAGCGUUAUAUCCUGGCCAUCAUUCGCAUUCAGUCUGGUCAGAACUUGAUGGAAAUUUUAGAGCGUCGUGUGACAAUUCAUGAGGAGCAAGCUUGGGAGGAACUGAAAGCCACAGAACUGAACCGUCAACAACAUCAUCAACGGAGAAUAGAAAACGUGUCGGAGUCUUCGUUAAAUGACCAUUUCCGUGCUGCAGCGAAUAAUAUGAUGGCGGACAUGAAUGCGAUGAGAUUCAUUGAGUUGAAGCAGCAUGCAAUUGACGGUAUCUUGCAGCUCGAGUCAACGGGCAAGGUGACACGAAAGAAUGGGUACCAGGAUAUGAUCAAUGCAAUUGCACUUGAUAUCCGAACUAAGCACCGUCGUCGUCUCCAGCGUGCAGCAGAAUUGAACCAGGUGAAGCAGACGUUGAGCAACUUGAAUGAGAAGAGACAAUACUUGGAGAGUCAGAUUAAGUCGUACCAUGAUUAUGUCGAGUCAUGUAUGAACAAUAUUACGACCAAGAAGGGCAAGAAGCAACGCUAUGUGAUGCCCUUCACGAAGCAAUAUUUCCAUAUCCGCAACUUGCAGCGACAUGGCAAGGUGCCUCAGUUUGGAUCGUUCAAGUACACGGCUCAAAAGUUGUUUGAGAAGGGAGUGUUAAUUAAGCUUGAAGGAGUGUCUCCUAAGCAGUACUCACAGAUUUCGUUGACAAUUUCAUGUGACGAACCAGGAUUGUUCCAGAUUGAGGCCGAGACCUCGAUUCUGAUGAUGAAGAUGCCAGUGACGAGUAUGGAGUUGAGGUUAGAAGAUCUAUUGCAAUGCCAGUUCAACAACAUCCAGAUCAUGAGUCUGUUUGAUGAUAUGGCAAAGGUCAAUGUGAAUCUUUUGCUUUUCUUGGUUAACAAAAAGUUCUACAUCUAGACAUACACACGCGGUCCAUAUUCACACACAGCAGGAAGAUGACAGGUGUAAUAGACGUGCCGCUGCAUUUCUCCCCUUUCCUCGCCUCACCCCUAAUGUUAAUAAUCAUUGUGACCAAAUAAAUUUUUUUUAUCUAUUCACC